GUGUAUAAAGCUGCAAGCCAGCUAAUGAGCGGAUUCUCCUUCAGCCAGCCUGGAAGUAAAGGAGUGGCAAGGUCAGGCUGCUGAGAUCCGGAGGAGCAGGGAUGCAGAACAGAACUGGCCUAGUUCUCUGUGCUCUGGGCCUCCUGAUUGGUUUCCUGAUGAUCUGCCUGGGAGCCUUCUUCAUUUCCUCUGACUCCAUAUUCCACUGUCAGAAGAACCUGGUCCUGGCGUACUUGCUUCUGCCUCUGGGGUUCGGGAUGCUUCUGAGUGGGAUUUUCUGGAGCACCUACCAGCAAGCGAGCAAAAGCAAAGGCGUGUUCGGCCAUGUGCUCAGACAGCACCUUGCUCACAGGGACCUGCCCCUGGCCACGGUGGACAGGCCAGACUUUUACCCUCCAGCUUAUGAAGAGAGCCUGGAUGCUGAGAAGCAGGCGCGUGCUGCAGAGGGCGAGGCCUUGGAUGUCCCUCCACCUCUGUACAUAGAGACGGGCCUCGAACUCGAGGAUGAAAAUCAAGCCCACGCAGAGGCCCCACCUUCCUACCAAGAGUCCGUGGCAGGCUCGGCCGCUGCAGCGACUUCAGAAGAUGCUGCAGGACCAAGCACAGAGCUGAAGGCGGGGCACGCUCUCCAGAAGGCAGGACGCACCCUCGUGGGACUCAGCUGCUCUUAAGAAGGGCAGGCCAGAGCCGGCGAGCUGUGCGAACCGCCACGCAGCUCCACGGACCUGCUUACCCACGCAAGGGCAGCAUGGGGGCCCUGGCAAGACGCAGCCAGCACCAAGGACACAUUUCAGAGGUUCCCACUAAUUCUGAGCCAAAGGAGCCUUGGAAAAGUGGCGUCCAUAAUGGCUCUGCCCUCGGGAGGCUUUCUGUGCAGCUCAGCUUCCCCUUCAUCACCUCAGCCUCCAACAGGGUGGAGCGCGCGAAGCUUGUUGGGACAGCCACCGGCCUCCUUGUGCUACAGUACCUGAGAAUCACAAAGUGAAGGGCCCUGGGAAGGCAAGGUCAUUGUCAUUUAAUUUGUUGCUCAGCAUUUUGUUAGCUGACUUCAUGAUUCCCAGCUACAGCCACAUUACCAGAGCAACACAGUAAUUCACAGCACAAGAGAGGCGCUCUUGGAACCCAUAAAUGUUAUUUUGUACUAUUUUAUUGUAAUUAUGUGUGGCCCGUUUUGUAGUAUGAAAGGAAAGGUUUAUACUUGCUUUCAAAAUGAUUCAAACACAAAUAUUGAGUGAGUUAUUUUUAAAAGAGGUCCUCAUACGAGCAUAUGCAAGGUUUCUUACAGAUUAAAAUUGAAUACUUAGUUCAUAACAUACAGAAUUCAGAGUGAAGUGGGAUUUGCAUAAGCCACAGAUUAUAUUAAUACACAAGUUGACAUAAAUCAUGUGAAGUUUUAAAAAUAUUGAUAUGCGAAGAAUCUCCUUGUAAAUCUCUAGGAUUUGAAAAAUGACUCUAAUAACACACUUUUACUAUUACUAGGAAAUUCUAUAUGGCUCAAGAUAGAGCUUUUAACUUCUAGGCUGAGACAUUUAUUUUAAUACCCAGUGUCAUCUGUUUUUAAAAAUCUGGUUCCUCCUCAGUUUCCUUGUAUUUCAUAGUAUUUUUAAUAAUGCAAGAGGACAAUUCAGGUAGCAGAGUGCUUGGAAAAGUCAUAGCCUGGUGCUUUUAAACUUGGACAAGAGUGUUCAUCUCUUGAGGCCUCCAUUUCCUUUUCUGUCGGUGAAGUGUUUAUGCAGAAAAUACUAAGUUAUGGCAAGCCUUCUAUAAGGCAGACUGUGCUAUGAACUCAUGAGUGCUAUCCUUUAUUCCAUCUUUGAGAGACAAGUGCUAUGAUUAUCCCCACAUUGCAGAGACAUGAAACUGAGGCUUUGUGACAGUAAGAAACUUGUCCAAUAAUGUAUGGGAAGUUCCAGGAGGAGAGAGGGUGAAGCAGACUCCAUAGAGGGAUGCGGGAGGACCUAUAACUUCAGAUUUUUGUGCCAAGCUAGCCUUGUCUUACUUCCCUCCUUCCAGGAAGCAGUUUGGAUUUUUCUAAGUAAAAAAAAAAAAAAAAAAUGGUCCUAAGGGAAAGGGGAGCUCUAGGGUCACUAAAGUAUCUUUAAGCCCUUGGGGAGGCAGCAGAAGUAGCUUCAGAGUUAAGGGACUUCUCACUUAAAAUGUAAAUAUGAAGUGAAAAUGAUCAAGAUGCAUUGUGUAUAUGUACCAAUACCCCGACAAAUAUAUU